AUGGACGUCAGAUCGGACUCGCCGAAAUUUUGGAAACAGUACUCGUAUCCGGACAACUCUGAAGUAUCUGUAUCUCUUUCUGGACUGGGAUCCAACGGAGGCAGCGGUUCUGCCACUUUCAGCAGUCCCCAGGUUCUUGACAAACAUAUUUUACAGCAGCAACAGUUCCAGAACAACGUUGCACAACAUAGCUACGACAUGCCCAUUACCGAGAACAUGCACGAGGAGUGCGAAAAGGCAGAAAAAGAGCUGAGAAAAGACGUGGGAGAAGGCAUCUGGGAACAGGUGUUUGUGCAGGACAAAGAUACAGCCAAAAGACCAAUUUCGUCAGCAGGAACUAACGAAACGUCCGGGUCCCCCCAAAACGCCGCCGACGAGGCCACCAUGGCCGAGAAGAGGAAGGCGCAGAACAGGGCCGCGCAACGGGCGUUUCGUGAACGUAAAGAAGUUAAGCUCAAAGAGCUGUCUGCCAAACUGACACAAUCGGAAGCCGAGAAACAGAGACUACUCAACGAGAUCGAGCAGUUGAGGCAGAGAAAUGCGCUUUUGGGGAUUGAAAACGAGCUCCUCCACAAAUCCGAGAACGCAAACAUUGUCGAGGCCCCUAAGUUGGGCUCCGGUGCGCACAAGUUCGAUUUUCCUCGUACUCGUGAGGAGUUCAUCAAAUCCAUCAUCGACCCGCAACAGCACCAAACCAGCCACACCGAAACGCCAACACCAAUACAAGCGCCCCACUCCAUGGUUGACGGGGUGUCAUAUGCGAUCGAGAAGUACCACCACAACGACCAGGACCUACUCACUGUGGCUGCUGUCUGGGAUUACCUGAACGAACUGGCUACCAAGAACGACGAGGUCGAUUUCAACAUCCCGGCCAUCAUCGAACAACUACGUGGGAAAGAAGUGUGCCAUGGCCACGGACCCGCGUAUCCUAUCAGUCUAGUCAACCUGAUUGUUCAAAAAACACUGAAUGCUUGA